GGCACAGAGCUCAAUUGAGACACGAAAAUGGCAGAUUCCAAAUAUUUCUUGCGUCAAAUUGCAUCUUUCAUCCUCUUGUUCUCCAUUUGCUCUCCUUCAUUUGCUCAUAACAAGAGCACGACAACUACUACUACUACUACUACUCCUACUCCUCCUUCAGGUUGUUCCUGUCCCUGUCCCUGUUCUUCAGGUUCUUCCCCUCCUUCAGGUUCUUUUCCACCUUUAGGUUCUCCCCCUCCUUCAGGUUCUUUUCCCCCUUCAGGUUCUCCUCCUCUUCCUUCAGAUUCUUCCCCUCCUUCAGGUUCUCUUCCUCCUUCAGGUUCUCCCCCUUCUCCAGGUUCUCUUCCUCCUUCAGGUUCUCCCCCUCUUCCUUCAGAUUCUUCCCCUCCUUCAGGUUCUCUUCCUCCUCCUAGUUCUCCCCCUCCUCCAGGUUCUCCCCCUCCUUCAGGUUCUCCUCCUCUUCCUUCAGAUUCUUCCCCUCCUUCAGGUUCUCUUCCUCCUUCAGGUUCUCCCCCUCCUUCAGGUUAUCCUCCUUUUCCUUCAGGUUCUCCUCCUCUUCCUUCAGGUAAUUCUCCCCCUUCAAGUUCACAAUUCGAUUUCAAAAAUUGCUUCUCUAGGAUUUUUGCUUUUGGAGAUUCGUACACAGACACCGGAAAUGCUCAGUUGAUGGGAGGAUUCCAACCCUUCAUUUCCCAACUAUUUUCACAGUUCUCAUCGGGUCAGUUACCUGGUUACAGACUAUGUAAUGGCCGCUUAGUCAUUGAUUUCCUAUGCGAUGCUCUCUCCAUACCCACCUUGCGACCCUACGCAGAUUCUUCUGCAGAAUUCUCAAAAGGUGUGAACUUUGCGAUCGCCGGAUCGACGACCCUCUCAACGGACUUCUUCACUCAGUUUAUUAAUAAAGGUCAUUCACUGAUGUGGAACGCGAAUCCAGAGAGUUGCGACACUCAAUUAAAUUGGUUCAACAAGUAUAUUGCAGAGAAAGGAUGCAAAGGGAUUCAUGAGGAGGCAUGCAGGGGAGAGAUGGCGAAUUCACUCUUCUGGAUCGGUGAGAUGGGUGGCAAUGAUUAUGCUCGCCUUUAUGGCUCUCAUGUUCUCCAUAAGCUACUAAUAACACAAGCUGUUGGACAUGUCCACAAACUUUUAAGGGUAAUAUUGGACAAGGGUGCAAGGUUUAUUGUGGUUCAAGGGCUACCACCAGCAGGAUGCCUUCCAUUGCACUUGUCAUUUUGUCCGUUGAAGGACCGUGAUCAAUACGGUUGCUCAAAUAUUGCAAACUCAUUGAUAAUGGCACACAACGAACUUCUGCAGGCUAAGUUGGAAGAACUACGAAGAAAAUAUAGCAAUGCUAUGAUCAUAUAUGCUGAUUAUUGGAAAGCAUAUCAAACCAUACUGACAAAUUAUAAGAGUUACCAAUUUGAACAACCUUUCGAUGUAUGCUGUGGAGCUGGGGGUGGACAAUUUAACUUUGAAUUGAACAGCCUGUGUGGAUCUGCAGGCACGUCCACCUGCAAGGAUGCCAACAAGUAUAUUAACUGGGAUGGGAUUCACUUAACAGAAGCCAUGUAUAAACAUGUUUCUGAUCUUUUCUUCCAUAAAGACCAUUGUCAACCAUCCUUCGCUGAGCUAAUUAUGAAGAAGAAACAGAUGAUGAUGGGAUCUAAUCCAUAGAAGCCAUGAUAUAUGCAGCUAGCUGAUCUAUUUUCAGUUGAGGCUUACAUAAACCAUGUAAUGAUCAGGAAGAAUAAGGGCAUUUUAGAUGCUUUACACCAAUGGUAGCUAGGUUCAUAUUCAAGCUCCGAAUGACUGGAUUCUGAGAGCGAAUAAUGUUUAUUAGUUUUAGACAGUUUGCAGCAUCUGUCUAACUUUGUUGUAUAUGUUAUUUUGACUCAAUAUGAUAAUGAGGUUUCUUUGGUUUACU